AAACAAAAAAGGCAUCAAAAUUUUACCCUCAUUCGCACAACUCAAAAUGCUGAACAUGGAAUCGCCCCAGAUGUAUGCGGAUGCGGUGCAAACGCUCGCUCAGCUCGACCUGAAGAAGCAGCAGCCGCCGCUGCCGCAGCAGGCAACAAUUGGCCAAAUAACGCUGACGGCGAUGUCCACUGCACAACAGCAACAACAACAGCAGCAGCAGCAGCAGCAGCAACAACAGCAACAACAACAACAGCAGCAGCAACAGGUGACAACCGAUGCGAAUAAUAAUAAUGCAAGUGUGCAGGAUGCGGCACUGCUUGUCAAACAGCAUGCCAUGCAACAAAUGCAGCAACUGAACAACAACAACAACAACAACAGCAGCAGCAAUAACAACAGCAGCAACCUGUUGCAAAAACAAAUGCUGCAACAGUACAGCACACAAACGGACCUCGACGAGCUGACCACACAGGAAAUAACACUCGACUUGCAACAUCUGAUCGAUGAUCAGUUCAGGGAUACGGAAACAUUGGGCAUCUUCAGCGAUAUGGUGACGAGUCCGGGUGGACUGUCUGCCACACUGCCACCGAGUGGCAUGGUGAGUGCAGCGGCCAAAGUGUUGCAGCAGCAACAACAAAACCUGGCCAAUGCACGCCAACAGCAGCAGCAGCAGCAGCAACAACAACAGCAACAGCAGCAGCAACACUCCUACGGCCGUGCCGCGCUCGCCUACAUGCCACAAGCGGUGCACUCGAAUGCCAACUACAACAAUCACUCGAGCGACGAGAACAGUUCCGUGGGCAGCGAUUCGAGCAGCACCAUCAAAGAGGAGCCCAUCGAUCCCGACUAUCGCCGCCACCUGCAGGAGUCGGUCAGCAGUCAGGCGGCAGCGGCGUUUAUCAAUAAUACGACCAAUGGACUGUAUAAUGCCUAUCAGAGCAGCGGCAGCAACAACAAUAGCAGCAGCAACAACAGCAACAACAGCAGCAGCAGCAACAACAAUUCGACAAACUCAACACACGCAACACAAUUCACCAAUUUGACCACGGCCAAUGUGCUGGCCCAUCACAGUUUGCCGCAUCUAACGGCUAACGCGCAACAGUUGCUCAAGCAUCACAGCAAGUUGCAGCAGUCGCAGCAGCAGCAGCAACACGCACAGCAACAGCAGCAGCAUCAUCAUCAUCGCAAGCACAGCAACAAGCAUGUGGACAAGGGGACCGAGGAGUAUCGCAGGAGGCGAGAGCGCAAUAAUAUUGCUGUGCGCAAGAGUCGCGAGAAGGCAAAGGUGCGCUCCAAGGAGGUGGAGGAGCGUGUGAAAUCGCUGCUCAAAGAGAAGGACGCCCUCUUGCGUCAGCUGAGCGAAAUGACCAAUGAGCUUUCGCUGCACAAGCAAAUUUAUAUGCAGCUAAUGAAUCAUACGAAUCCCGAAGUGAGUCGUGUCUGUCGGAGCUUUCUCAACACGAACGAUCAUGCGCUGUGAUGAACGUGUGCGCGACGAGCAUAGAGAGAGAGCCUGUAAAUGUGUGCGUGUGUGUGUGAGUGAAUGUGUGUGAGUGUCAGUGUGUGUGUGCGUCUGUGUGACUGAUUCAAUUAAAGUUGUGUGGGUAGCGUUUAAGUGAAAAAAGGAAAGGAUGUUAGAAACAACUUGAAGCGCAUCACAUACAUUAUAUACAUAUAUACACACAUAUAUAUAUAUAUAUAUAUUAAUAUGUAUAUAUAUAUAAUCAUCCAAAAAAUCUGUAUAUAGACAGCAAAUAGAUGCGAGACUCGAGUUCUUCAACAUG